GCAGUUUUGCACUUUUUGCACGGCACUCUCGUAAGCAGUUCGAAAAUAUCACGUGACGCUAACAGACGAUGCAAAUUCGCGCCAUUUUCUGCGACCAUGGCUACGGCGAGCGGUACCGACGAACAGCCUCCGGCACGCCAAAGAAAACCGCGGGUACAGUGGUCGGAGAGAGACACCUGGGCGUUAAUCAAGUUAUGGGAAGACAACCUGCCCUCGCUGCGUGCGCAGAAGCACAACGGAGGCGUUUACGAUGGCAUUGCACAAGCAUUGACGAGCAUGGGUGUACCUCGCACAAAGGCGCAAGUGCACAGCAAGAUAGAGAACCUGGGACAGACCUACAGGAGCUGCCUGAAACACAUGACAACAGGGUCAUCACCGCCGAGCUGGCCAUUCUUCUCCGAAGUCCAUAGGUUUCUAGGAUCCCUGCCUGUUCACGAUACAUCUUUAAUGGAAGAGGCUGGGUGCAGCGAGAGCACAACAAGCAGCACUGCCUCCGUCGAAGAACUGAUCUUCGACAUGCUUGAUUCCGGCUCUGCUUCUUGUGAAGACGUCGCCGAAGAUUGUUCACCUUCCGAGUCGCCAGUACAACAGGUUGAAUCCAGGAACCUCGCAAGUGGCAGUUCCGAAUGUGCCCGCAGGAAGAGAAGGCAACCGGCUGGCGACUUUCAAGAAAGGAUGCUUGAGGAGCAGCGACGGCAGAGAGAGCAGUUUGCUGAUGCGCACAAAAUGGAAAUGGAUCUCCGUAAAGAGGGGCUCAAGUUGCAAGAGAAACUUGUAGAUGCAAUGUUGAAGUUUUUUAGUAAAAACUGACAUGGUGUUCCACAA